AUGAAUCCAAUGGAAAAUAUCGAGGAGAUAAUGAAGACGAAUGUCACAUCGACCACCCACAACACAACUUACUCUGCCUUGUCCCCAACCAGGCCUGAGCUCAGCCAGGCGAAUCGCGUCGUCCUUAUCACGGGAGGGGGAACAGGUAUCGGGAAGUCAAUGGCUCAACACUUUGCCCUUGCCUCUGCGUCUCACGUUAUCAUCGCUGGAAGAAGAGUUGACGUCCUGGAUGCCGCUGUCAAAGAGCUUAGUGAGGCAGCAACAGAGGCCAAGAGCCCCACCCAAUUCCUCCGCUAUAAAUUGGACCAGAGCAGCAAAUCUGAUAUCACCGCCCUUUUCGAGGACCUCGCGGCUAAGAGCCUGGCAGUUGAUGUUUUGGUCUUGAAUGCAGCCAAAUUUGCAGAUAUGACGCCCCUCGUCGAGUUGGGCACGGACGAAUUGUGGGGCCAUAUGGAAGCCAAUGUGCGGAGUGCAAUGUACUUGACCGAGUUUUUUAUGAAGCAGAACCCUGACAAGAAGAAGUAUCUCGUCAAUAUGACGAGCGCCGUUAUUCACUCUCAGACCCAUCCUAUGGUUGUGAACUUAGCGCCCUACUAUAUCAGCAAAUCCGCUGCAGCCGUGUAUAUACAGGCAAUUGCAAAUCAAACAUCUCGAGAGCAGUUGCAAGUGGUUACGCUCCAUCCUGGCACAGUAUUUGGAGAUGGUUUCGAAAGAAUAGGCAUUACCGAGGACAUGCUUCCUUUCGAUGAUGUCAAACUACCUGGUUCAUAUGGCGUGUGGGCGGCUUCCGACGAGGCUGCUUUUCUGCAUGGACGUACGGUGUGGGCUGCUUGGGAUGUGGAAGAGCUAGCGAAUGGAGAUGUAGGGAAGUUGAUCAAAUCGGACCCAGACUAUCUACAGAUGAGUCUUGUGGGGUUGAAACUUGGCAAUCGGGCCCCUGGUUAUUGAGACGACCACCAAAUUUCACCGAGAUGGUCAUUCCUGCAAGAGAUUUGGGGUUUGUUUCCAUGCAUUCAGAAUAAACAACACGCAUCCGGCAGGCUUCUCUCAUGUGUGCCAUUAUGUGCAAUAUGUCUCUGCGCCAGAGCACUUACCAUUCUUGCGCCCAACGCAGUUGUUCCUCGUAUUAGAGGAUUCUAAAUAGUAGGGUAUUAGACAAUAGAAUAGUGCAAUUGUCAUGUUCAUUUUGUGUGCUGGAGUGUUUUGUCUCCAACAUUCCGCAUUCCACAGUAACAAAUUUUGAGUACGAUACCAACCAACUUGACAAAGUUGAAGCAUUGAUCGGGCUUGUCACAUUCUACAAUACCUUUCCCCGCCAGUUGCCAUUACUCACUAGGUCUCACCUAGUUCGGCGCUUGGGAAAGGGUUGUGAGACAUCUAGGCUAGUAGGCUAGUAGGCCGACAACCUUUUCUUCUAAUAGACACCUCCCGGUCCGUGAUAUGCUUCCUGUGCACCACCAGUAUGUUUGAAAUACGAAUCAAUCACAGAUCAGUCUGGUGAUCACCUUUCUUAUUUUUAACACAGUACACACGUAUUAACCCCUGCGCCGUGACACACGCACACCCCUUCGCCACUCUAAACCGCAAAAUCGAUGCAAUAAAGCGACAGUUACAUUUUACAAUCAGCGAUCUGAGAGUGCCCACCUCCGAACCAAAUAGCCACUUAUAACUCGUACGACUUCC